UGAAUGCAGUAUGUAGCAUGUCGGUGAGACCUCGGAGAAGACCGCAUCUUAUGAAAAAGAAGCAGGAAAUAAAAGCGAGUCUACGUACAGAAGCCAGAGAUCCAGGAAUGAUAUACAGGUCUCUGGUUCAUUAGCUCCGGGGAACUCAGACACAAAACUGCAGGUGCCAUGGGAGCAUUCAAGAAAUUCCAGUUUAUUGCAUUUUUGGGAUCUAUGAUUUUUGUAAUGUUAUAUUACAGAAACUACACGUCUCAAGAAAAAAGAGCAGAGAAGAUCCAUCAGCGACAGGAACUAAGAAAGCAGCUGCUAAAAGACCUCUGUCAUGGUGACAAACAGGCUUUUACUCCAAUGAAUCGAAAUUUAGAAAACAUGAAUCACAGAGAACUGAAGCAUUUCAUUGUGGAUGACAAACAUGGCAUCAUCUACUGUUACAUUCCCAAGGUGGCGUGUACCCACUGGAAGAGUGUGAUGUAUGUUCUUAACCAGAGUGAGCCAUAUCCUGACCUCACAUCCCUCCAAAAUGUCUCAGUCCACACUCCGAACAUGUUCCCCCUUCUCAGCAGCUUUUCAAAAACAGAGAUUAAGGUGAAGCUUAAGCAUUACACCAAGUUCCUGUUUGUCCGUGACCCAUUUGUCCGUCUCAUCUCUGCCUACCGGGACAAGUUCGAAAAAAAAGAUCAAUAUUUCUAUGAGCUUUUUGGCAGGGACAUUCUGCGUCUCUAUGGUAACGAAACUAAUCCACCAAAGACAGCCCAGGAGGCGUUAGCAUCAGGUCUGCGCCCCUCAUUUCACAACUUCAUUCAGUACCUACUGGACCCAAAGACCGAGAAGAAGGUGCCCUUUGAGCCCCACUGGAGGCAGAUGCAUCGCCUGUGUCACCCCUGCCUCAUACAGUAUGAUUUUGUUGGCCACCAGGAGACUCUUCAGGAAGAUGCUCAGCAGCUUCUAGAGAUCUUGAAGCUGCACAAGGACAUUAAGUUCCCUCCCGCCUAUGUAAACAUGACGUCUCCCAACUCUGUCAUGAACUGGUUCAGAACGGUUCCUCUGGAGGACAGGAGGAGGCUGUACAAACUUUAUGAGAGGGACUUUAAACUUUUUGGCUACCGAAGGCCACAUGAACUGCUCGAUGGUUGAGAUGAAAGCUUUAAACAGUUUGCACCUGGAAGACGUUGUAGAUUAUGAAUCGUGAAGAGUGGAGUUGUGAUUAGAUGAGAAGAUGUGAGUUCUGGAAGUUCUAAAUAGUGCUGGCCAUUUUACCCAAAUAGUAAUCACAUGAAAAUAACAAAAGAAAUGUAUUCUGAAGAGCUGAAAAAGAAAUGAAAUAAAGAUGCUCAACUCUGGAACUGUUUAGAUAGAUCUCUUAAGUUAGUGUCAUCCUUAAAAAUGUUUAGGACCAACUUAAUGGGGUAUCUUUUAUAUAGACAAAAUUAACAGGCUAUUCGUACCAAAAUGAAAUUGCCAUUUCAUGGAUAUUUUUGUUUGGGUGUUUAUUGUAUUUUUCUUUGUUUCUUUUACCUAUUCUUUUCCUUUCUAUUCUUUUUCUUUUGAUUGAUUUGUUUUGGUGAUUUUGUAUU